AUGACAGCAGCACGAUACAAGAAAUUUCUAAAACUGUGUGAACAGUGGCCAUUAGAUUCCAGUAAAGCUGGUAGAGAUCUGGGAAGUGUUCUCCGACAGAAAGUUGCAGAGGCAUUUAAGCAAGGGGAAUCAUCGAAGGUGGAUUCGGUAGAAUGUGACAGAAUGUACGAGUGUCUUCAGAAACUCAACACAGAUCAUUUUAAAAACAAAUACCCAUGGACGUUGGAUAAAGGUGCUGCAGGACUUACAUAUGAACAAUGUAAAAUGGCUAUGUCAAAUGAGGUUCUUAAAGAAUUGUCAAAACAAAGAUGA